UUUCCCCUUCAAGCAUGACAUGAUUUGAAACCUGGAAACUUAAAUUGAUUUUUAAUAUUUUCUUAAACCAUAAUUUGUUGUCUGGCUUAUACUGUAGAUAACCCGAUUAUAGGCGAUAAUCGGCUGGCAUUGUAAUAAUAGGGCACAAAACCAGCCUCAAAAAUCUAGGUGGGGGGAUAUAACACAAAGAUAAUAAUUAGAGUACAAAGCACUAAAAAUCAUGCACAUGUGGGUUUUUACCAAACAACAUCAUAUCAUGUGAUCUGGUGUCAAGAUGCAGUAUGGGGAUAAAGACCAUUGAAAGUAGCACAUUAUGACUUUAAUAGAGGAUAACAUACAAUCAAAUAUUGUGAUUUGUAAAGUAAAUUCCAGUUCUAAUAUGGCACGUGGAUCUUUAUUGCUAGCAUGGCAAGUUGCAAAUAAGCAUUGUCUAGUCAUUGGGGGUGGAGAUGUGGCUCUAAGUAGAGUCGAGCAUAUGAUAAGAGCUGGAGCUAAAAUUACAGUAGUUACCGGAUCCGGUCACAUACACCCAAAGAUUAUCGAAUUAUCCGAACAAGGAUCAAUUUAUUCAUUAAUUAAAAGAGAUUUUAAAUCUGAAGAUCUUAAAAUGUAUGAGAAAAGUCAAGUUAAAAUAGAAGAGGUGUUUGAUCUUUUGAAUGCUCAACAUUAUGAAGAGAUCAAUGAUGCAGUUCAGAAUCAAAUAUUUGCAGUUGUUUGCUGUUGUAUAGAUGAUUAUGAUCUCUCAACGAAAAUCUACUAUCAAUGUAAAUUACUCAGAUUGCCGGUCAAUAUAGCUGAUAAGCCUCCGAUGUGUGACUUCUAUUUUGGAAGUAUGUAUAAUCGUGACAAUUUACAAAUCAUGAUCUCUACUAAUGGGAUGUCUCCAAGACUUCUGAAACUCAUUAAGGAUAAUAUAUCUCGUCAAUUUAAUGACAUAGAUCUUAACAAGGCUGUGGAGAAUCUUGGACAUUUAAGAGCUCGUCUCAGAGAAAAAGUGGUGACCCAAGAUGAUCUUCUGAGCAUUGAUGCAAGAAUGGCAUGGAUUAAACUGGUUACAGAUUAUUUCACUAUACGACAAUGGAGUGAAAUGGAUCUCGGUACAGAUAUUGCUGAUCGUAUGUUGUCUUAUUAUCCUGAACUUCCUCCUAAUGACUAUGAAAAUUACGUUUCUUAGAUAUGUAUAUAUAAUUUAAU